AUGGACACGGCCAAGUUGAAGAAGGGAAACGACACAAACGACAAAAGCAGCAUGGGGCCCGAAACACAACUACCGCCGAGACGGACCGGGCAGCAAGGUUCGAGGUUACUCAGGGGCUGUAUAUGGGUGCUGGCCAUCAUCUCCAUCUCCCUGCUCUCCAUCGGCCUGUACGAGCACACGGCCCCGUGGAGGCAGACACACAUACGGCGACAGGUGCGCGAGCCACCACCGCCAACAUGGCAGGCCGCGCUCGAGAGCCUCAUGUCCCCGGACACGGCGGAGUCGUUGAUGACGGACCAGCAGCUGCGGCGUAGCCUCGGCUUCGCCGUCGAAAUCACCGCCAGCUUGACGCGGGACCUGGGCCACAAGUACGACCUGCCUUCGCUCCAUGAGGUCGGUGACAAGCUGGCAAAGGUGCGCAGGGACUUGGAAAAUAUCGAGGCCCGGCCGCGGUCCAAGAAGAAGCGGCAGCUCUUUCCCGGCUUGUCGAGCCCCGGUAGCGGAGGUGGCUUUCUCAGCAGCCUUCUCCCAGGGGGAGGAGGAGGAGGAGGAGGAGGAGGAGGAGGAGGAGGAAGUGGAGGAAGUGGGGGAGAGGCGCCGGCCGAGGGGGGCCAACAGAACGGCGGGCUUUUGUCCCAGAUGACCGGUGGAGUGAUCAGCGAGCUGACCAAGCCGCUCAAGGAGGCCUUUAGCGGCAUCAAAGACAAGCUCGUCCAGAACGCCGGCGGUGCAACCUUCUUCCUCGGCGUCGGAGUCGGCGGCGGCACGGCUCAGGGAAUGAAAUUCGUAGACGGGCCGGGGACCAAGAUGCUCAUGGAAAGGGUGGCGGCCGAGAACGGGCAGAACGCAUCGGGCCUGAACCCCGCCAUCGAGAACCUCGGCAUGGGUCUCACGGCGACCCUGCUCGGUGCCGUCGACAUCAAGGAGCUGCCCAAAAAGUUCAACAUAUCCGAAAUGCUCGGCGACACCGCGAUAUCCGACGUCGCCCUCUCCUUGUCCGAGGGCCUGGGAAGCGGCGCCGCCAAGGGGCUCAACCUCGGGAACGGUGCCCAGCUGACGGCGCCCCGCGGGAGCAAGGUCAGAGACGCCGUGGGGGCCUUGGGCUUCGGGCUCACGGACUCGGUGACCAGCGCCAUGAGCAAAGGCGGGACCGUCACCCCGGACCUUGCCGCCUUCAACAUCACACCCCUCCUCGGCGGCCAGAGCUUGACCCAGGUGGCCUUUGGACUCGCCGACGGGCUGGGGACGGGCGCCGCCAAGGGCCUGAAGAUGGGUACCGCAGUCAACGCCGCGCCCGCCACGGGGACGCAGGCGUCGGACGUGGUCAACGCCUUCGGCUUCGGCCUGACGAACUCGGUGACCCGCAACAUCGACACCAGCAAGGGCUUCGACAUCAACACCUUCAACAUCACCCCGCUCCUCGGCGGGCAGAGCCUGACUCAGGUGGCCUUUGGACUCGCCGACGGUCUGGGCACCGGCGCCGCCAAGGGCCUGAAGAUGGGCAACGCCACCAUGGCGGCGCCGCCAUCCGGGACGCAGGCGUCGGACGUGGUCAACGCCUUCGGCUUCGCCCUGACCAACUCGGUGACCCGCAACAUCGACACGAACAAGAGCUUCGACCUGGGCGGCAGCUUCAACAUCAGCCAGCUGCUGGGCGGCCAGACGCUGGCGCAGGUGGCGCGCGUGUUCGCCGACGGCAUCGGCAGCGGCGCCACUAAGGGCCUCAACGUGGGCAACGCCCGCGAACGCAACGUCGAGCCGCCGCAGGGCACCUCGGCCGCCGACGUGGCCGGCGCCUUUGGCUUUGGCCUGACCGAGUCCCUGACCCGCAACUUCGACGGCACCGGCGGCCAGACCAUCAACGUCGACCUCGAAGGCAUGCUCAAGAAGACGUUCCCGGGGCUCAAGAUCGGCAACGUCGUGCAGGGGUUCGCCAGGGGCUUCCUGCAGGGUGCCGGCGACUCCAUCGCCAUGAUGGGCGGCAUCGAAGCCAUGAUGAACGGCACCGCCGUCAUCCCGAACACGUUCCCGAACGAGACCAUUUCCUUCGACGACACGCUCGGCGGCGCCGGCACCGGGUUCGGCCAAGGCCUGGGCGGACAGGGCCUCAUCGUGGCCGCCGAGCUCAUCGCCAAGCAGUACCCCAACGCCCUCAAGAUACCCAGCGCCGCCAACCGCACCAUCCCCACGCGGCAGCCGUUCGACCCGCGCGACCUUGCGCCCUCGACCCUGAGGCGUCGCGACGACGGCGGCGGCGUCCGCUUCGGGCCCGGCUUCAACCUGUCGGCCAUCAUAAACGCCGAGACCGUUUCCAACGGGACCCAGAACCUCCUGAACCUGCUGCAGUGCGAGGGCAUCGGCGGCUUCAUCCUGAUCGGCGUGGGUCUGAUCCGCAGCGGCGCCAUCUCCAUCAAUGUCAUGGACUUCAUCAAGGGCGGCAACCCCAUCUCCAACGUCGGGCUAAACCAAAACGUCACCAACAGCAUCCGACAGCUCAUCCCCAAUGGCACCAUCCACUUUGAGAACCGCGGCAACUUUUACGACAUUGACGGCACAGGAAUCAAGGGCGCACUCGACGGCAAUAUGAACGGUGCCAUAGACGGCAUCAAGGUCAACAACCUCAAGAUGAUACCCUUUAUCGUCUUGCUCAUCAUACACAUCCUCUUCGCCAUCAUCAUCUUCAUCGCCAUGCUCCCGCUGGCCCUGUGCCUCGAGUCGGCACGCAACAUCCUGGCCCGCAUGGCGACGCCGUACCUGACGCUCCCGCGCAAGACGUCCAAGUGGAUCGGCAUCAUGUACGGCUACAUCAUCGCGCCGCUGCUCGUCGUGGUCUUUGUCUUUGGCAUCGUGGUGGCCGGGUCGCGACAGGACCACUUCCGCAACGCGCACGCCAUCCUCGGCCUGCUGUCCGUCAUCUUCGGCCUGCCCACCAUCGCGCUGUACUGGACCGACACGCGGCUGGCCGUGACGCGGGCCCGUGUGCUGUCCAUCCUGGCCAGGGACAUCAACACGGCCACGUUCCGCAUGGCCCUGACCCGCGCCGUCUCCAACCAGCUCUUCCAGACCCUCGCCAUCUCGACCAUACUGUCGGGCUUCGGCCAGGUGUCGGGCGUCGCCCUGUGCGCCACCCAGGUCGUCCCCUUCGAGAUCGCCCUCUCCAUAGGCUUCGCCUUCGCCAGCAUCUCGUCCAUCGGCAUGAUGCUCAACUGGCUCGACUUCUACAUGGCCUGGCGCAUCUCGCGCAUCCCCAAGGCCCUCAAGACCCCCGACGGCUCCGGCAGCGACACCAACGACGGCGGCGUUGGUGGCGACGAGGAGGAGGCCGCCGUCGCCGGCCGCGCCGGCUCCAAGGGGAAGCGCCCGCUGCGCGGUGAUCCGGAAAAGACCGAGCGCCCGUCCAUGGCGCCGCGUGAGAGCAGCGGCAUCUUUUACCCCGAGAAGUCGCUGGCCCCGCCGCGGCUGGACGACCGUAACCUGUUCUUGUCCGAAAAGUUGGUGCCGCCGCGGGAGGGUGGUAGUACCUUUUACUACUCUGAAGAAAAAUCCCCAAGCUCAAUCUCGCCCGAGGUACAGUCCUACACUACGGCCGCGUCGCCGUCCCAACCAAGAUCCUCGCCUGCAGGCGCCUCUCAGAUGGAAGAAGCUGGAACAAAACCCCACUCACCACUACCAGUGUUGAAGAGCGGUGUAACGCGAAACAUAAGGGAUCUAUAUGAUAAUAAAAUUUAG